CCGCCACGAUGCCCCUGUCUCACAGCAAGGCUGGGCAGAUGCAAUGCAGCACCAAGGCAUGCAGGAACCUCUUUGGCCCUGUGGACCACCACCAACUCAAGAAUGACUUUGAGGACCUGAUGAGGCAACACCUGGAGGAAGUUCAGGAGCGCUGGAACUUCAACUUUGAGACAGAGACUCCCUUGGAAGGACAGUUCAAGUGGGAGAGGGUCUUCUUGGCUGAGCAACCGUCCCGGGAGGUCCACAGCCUGGUCACGGGCAUCAGCAGUGAGAGCAGGAGCUCCUUGGUCCACAAGGUCCCCCCCAAGGACCAUCUUGGCAGGAUUUGCCCUGAGGCAUCUCAGCAGAGCUCGGAGGUCUACAGGGCUGGUUCCCCACAGGGCCUGAAACGUCGGCAGACCACCAUGAAAGACUUCUACAGCUCCAAGCGGAGGAUGGUCCCCGACAAGCCCAAGCCGUGAUGUGACAGUGCUCGGGGCCAGCUGCUGACGCUGAUGUCCCUGGGGGGUGUCCGUGGCUUUCUUCCCCCACCCUGUACUGUAUAUGCUGCCUGUCUGAAGCAACGUAGAGUCUGUAGUUUCCUAUUUAUGAGUAGCUCUGGGGUCCUGAGGGACCUCUACUGUGUGCAAUGUAGAGGAGUAGCCCACGCUGAGGCUUGUAGCCCAAUGGAGGAGGACUGAGAUGGGCUUGGUGGGACCAAGGUAUUGCCCUGCUGGCAGAGAAGAAAGUGUCCCCUGCCCUGGAGUGGUGGGGCCAAGCACCGUCCUUGCACCGUCCUGCUGCCCAGCCGUGGUCCUUCCCCUGCCUGAUGGCUGGCUGUGGAGGACACUUGCGUCCCAGCCACCCGGUGGCACCAGAUAGCCUUAAGAAAGGGUCACGGGGCAGAGCUCUGGGACAGCCUGGCCCUGAGGACACCCUGGUUGCUGGCACGUGGUGGUGGCCCUCUAGCCAGCAGGAUGGACCCAGGGGUGGUAAACCCUUGUCCGUGCGUGGAAGCAGAGCGAUGUGGGGACUGCUCCUUCCCACGGCUGCUUGGGAGAGGGAGCGCUGCUCCCUGGAGAGCCCUUGGGUGGCUCAUGGUGCCACCACCCAUCAGAUGGGCUGCGGAUGGUGACAAACCCGCUGGAGGUCCCCAGUGCUGAGCUCGGCACAGCCAUUGUGGGACCAGCGCUGCCUGGGGGAGGCUUUGGGGUCCCCUGCACCCUGCUGACCCAACCCCCCACUUCCUUACCCUGUUGGCUUGUUGAGUGGUGCUGCUUGCCCCCACGUUCCUGCCUCCAUCACCACUGGCACCAGGCUGGGGAGCUACCUGCGCCGGCUCUGGACUGCUCUAGGGACGCAUCCUGCUCACCAGCAGGGAUGACACCGAAAGAAGAAGUUGUAGCUUUUUUUUUUUUCUUGGACUUUUUUUUUUCUCCUUUGGGCCUGGGUGAGAGAGGACCCUCACCUAGCUCUGCAGGGUGAGUGGCUUUGGUUGCCUCUGGGACCAAGGGAUGUUCUAGCGCUGAAGGAUGAGUCCCUGCUCUUGAGGGACUCGACACUGUCAGGUCUCAGCACUUUCAUGGGGUUCAUCUCCUGCUCUGCUGGAUUUGGGCUCUGGAAACCGGUGCAAGAUGGUCCCAGGCAGAAAAGGGAUGGGGUCGACCUGCCUUGCACCAUGAAGCACUUUGCUCUCAGUGAAGCUGGCAAGCUCCCAGCACUAAAUCUUUAUUUAUGAAAAAAGAAAAAUAAUAAUGCUAUUAAGUCUGCAUGGGGGGGAAGGGGAAAUACCUGUUUGUCUACAAAUGUUAACUCCGAAUAAACACUCGCCUUGCGUAAGGGAA